AUUGUUGACCGCUGCAACUCCUCGUUCCAACAACUCAUGGGCUCAACUCUAUGCGUUCUGCCAUCAAUAUCCUCAGCAUGGCCCCCGACAGAGGCCCAAAUGUCUGGUGGCAUCGUGUGCUGCAGGAGUUCCUCAUCGCAGCUCCUAUGGCCAUCGGAGGAUUCUAUCUAGUUCAAUACAUACUGAAGCAGAUGAAUCUUGACCCCGAAGCAGAAGUUAAGGAGAGAACGCGGCUGCAGUCGGAAGCCAUUUUACGAAGACUCGAUCAACCUCACGGCUCGCGAUCCGAGGCCAGCGCUCGUCAUCCAAAGUCUUUAGCAGAGGAGUUGGAUCUGACGCGGUAUGAGCAAGCCAUAUUACAAGACCUUGUCUUUCCCGAGGACAUACCAGUAUCUUUCGAGGACAUUGGAGGCAUGACCGAUAUAAUCGAGGAGCUCAAAGAAUCGGUCAUAUAUCCCUUGACGAUGCCAGAUCUCUAUGCAACGUCCUCCUCAUUAUUAUCCGCUCCCUCUGGAGUCCUACUGUAUGGGCAACCUGGAUGCGGUAAAACCAUGCUGGCAAAGGCACUGGCUCACGAAAGCGGCGCAUGUUUUAUCAAUCUGCAUAUCUCCACUCUGACCGAAAAAUGGUUUGGUGAUUCCAACAAACUUGUCAAUGCGGUCUUUUCUCUUGCUCGCAAGUUGGAACCAGCAAUUGUUUUCAUUGACGAGAUCGACGCCGUCUUAGGAACACGGCACAGCGGUGAACACGAGGCCAGUGGCAUGGUCAAGGCAGAGUUCAUGACACAUUGGGAUGGCUUGGCUUCGGCCACAUCGUCUGGACGACCUCAGCGCAUCUUGAUUCUAGGAGCCACGAACAGAAUGGGUGACAUCGACGAUGCGAUCCUGCGAAGAAUGCCAAAAAAGUUCCCGGUUUCAUUACCAAACGCUUCUCAACGAUUGAAAAUCCUGAAGAUUAUCUUGCGGGAUACAAAGAUAGACACUGCGAAUCUGGAUCUGGAAUAUCUAUCCAGAGUGAUGUCCGGCAUGUCUGGAAGUGAUAUCAAAGAAGCAUGUCGGGAGGCUGCCAUGGUGCCCGUCCGUGAGAUGAUAAAGCGUCAGAGGCAGAACGGCACUCGCAUCGAAAACAUGAAGGCUGGAGAGAUUCGAGGCCUGCGAACAUCUGAUUUCUUCUCGCGGACUGCUACAGUGAAAUCAAGCAAAGAGAUCAAGGACGGUAAUGGAGACGGGGAAUGGAGCACAGCAUCGUCCUCUCCGCAUGCCGAUUCAGAUAUGGAAGAAACAGUGGAAGAAGUUCAGCGAUAGCACGGAAUUUAUACCUGGGUAGAUAUAUCAGAGGACGCCUCUUAAAUCGUAAAGCAGUUCCGGGGCGAUCAGGCGACCAUUAUCGGGGACAUGGUCUGAUCGGGACCUAUACGAGAGCUAUACGAAAAAGUGCGGGAGGCACUAACUAGCUCCGUAGCACAUGCUGAACAUAAUUAAUGUGCAUAAGGUAGCAAACGAAAAGCCUAGGCUGCCGGAGUCUUGUUCAGAAUUGGGGCGUGGCUGGUGUCCUUCAGAAAAAU